AUGGACCCGAAGAAAACACCGGAAAGGAGGAAAACUCUAUCAACUAAUGUUUCCACUCGAUCAUAUAAACCUACUGCAAUUUCUAUACCCACAUCCGAAGAAGUCUGGGCUAGGCUGCCUAAACAUCACGUACCUGAACAUGUUUCACAACCCAAGAAACAAAAUUUACCACAAACUUCGAUUCCGGGUGCAAUGAUCUUUUCCUACGCGACAAUUGGUUCGGAAGAAUAUGAUCGAACUUCACCUGAUUCGAUUCCUUCGAAACUCGCAUCCAGUCUUCACGCUUAUAGAAAAAAUAUUAAUAUUUGUAAACAGCCAAAAAUUGUGCCAUAUGAAUAUAAUAAUGUAACCUAUGGACGUAUACCAAUAUCAUCAAAUUUUAAAGCAGCCUUCAUCGAAAAAUGGAGUCUUGACACAGAUCUUUGCGAGAAGACUUCUAGUGAGCCUUUAGUGAUAUUAAACGCGUCUUCUGAUGAUUUGCAAGAGUACCAGUCGAAUACACAAUCACACACAGAACAGUUACCAAAGCAGAGAUAUGUAGAAGACCUCAUAGAUGAUGAAUAUCCACAUAUGAAUACAUACGAAGUGAAAGAGUCUCCAAGGAAACGUAAACAUUCGUUUCAUGAAACUUCAAAUGAUCAGGCAUCCCAGACGCGUAAAUUAUCGAGCCCUAAUGAUGACAAAGAAACCGAAAAUACUGCACACAUAAACGAAGAAAAUCAAUCGCACAAUGUGUCGUCUAGCGAGAUUUAUUCUGAUAACGAAGAACGAUUCAUUAAUUCGAGCUCAAAGUUUACUCUUAAGAGGCGGGGUCCUAAACCUUCCUAUAAAGAGUCUCUGGCGCGAAUAAAUUCCAAUAUGGACUUUUUAGAACGUCUAAAAAUAUUGGCACCUGAAGCGGCAGCAGUUUAUGAUGAUUUAGAAGUUGUCGAAGAAUCAAAAGAUACUGAUCAAGUUAACACCGGACAUAUGAAAACACAUGAUAAUAAGAGAUGGAAAACAAAAGAUACCGAGGAAUUUUAUAAGGUCUAA